AUGGGAUUUGUAAAUCAAACAUCUGCUUCAGAAUUCUUUCUUCUGGGACUAACAGACGAUCCAGAACUGCAGCUCAUCCUCUUUGAACUCUUUCUCUUCAUGUAUCUUGUCACAGUGCUGGGAAACCUCAUCAUUAUCUUGGCUGUUAUCUUUGACUCUCACCUCCAUACCCCAAUGUACUUCUUUCUCUCUAACUUGUCCUUCACUGACAUCUGCUUCAUCACCAGCACAGUUCCGAAGAUGUUGAUAAGCAUCCAGAGACAGAACAAUUCCAUCAGUUACACAGAUUGCCUUACACAGAUGUACUUUGUUGUUUUUCUUGGUGGAAUGGAAAACUUUCUUCUUGCAGCAAUGGCUUAUGAUCGCUAUGUGGCAAUCUGCCAUCCACUAAGAUACAUGAUCAUGAUGAAUCCAAACAUCUGUAUUAUGUUAACACUCUUCUCCCUGUUCAGUAGCAUGAUGGAUGCCCUGCUACAUAGUCUGUUGGUGUUGCGACUAUCCUUCUGCACAUAUUUGGAAAUCCCUCACUUCUUCUGUGAACUUGCUCAUAUAAUCAAGCUGUCAUGUUCUGACACCCUCAUCAAUAGCAUAGUGAUAUACGUGUCAGCUUUCUUAUUUGCUGGACUUCCGUUUUGGGGCAUUAUUUUAUCGUAUGUUCAAAUUGUCUCCUCAAUAUUGAAAACUUCUUCAAAGAGAGGUAGUUACAAAGCCCUGUCCACUUGUGGGUCUCACUUGUCAGUUGUUUCACUCUUCUAUAGCUCAUUGUUUGGUGUCUAUAUCAGCUCUGCCCUGACUGACUCUCCUAGAAAGACUGCAGUGGUUUCAAUAUUAUACACUGUGGUUCCUCAGAUGGUAAACCCCUUUGUGUAUAGUCUGAGGAACAAAGACAUGAAAGAAGCCUUGAGGAAAAUAAGUGAUAGGAUUUUGUGA